UCCUUACCAUGCUAACCAAGCUCUUGACCUCUUUUUUGUACAUUCCUGGUUAUGAGACUGAGAAAAGGGGAGAGGAAAGACUAGACUCAUUAAUUUUCUGACCUUGAAAUUGAGUACUCAGUGUAUCUAUAAGACACCCCCUCAACAGCCAUUUUUCAUUAUUAUAGGAGAAAUACUGGAGUUAUUUUUAGAGGUUCAAAUUACAGAUGUCUAAUUUUAGGUAUAUUCAAAAUAGCAUUGCUGGGACUUUCCAGGUGGCGCAGUGGUUAAGAAUCCGCCUGCCAACGCAGAGGACACGGGUUCGAUCCCUGGUCUGGGAAGAUCCCACAUGCCUCGGAGCUACUAAGCCCGUGUGCCACAACUACUGAGCCUACGCUCUAGAGCCCAUGUGCCACAACUAGUGAAGCCCGAGCACCUAGAGCCCAUGCUUUGCAACAAGAGAAGCCCCCGCACCAUACCAAAAAGUAGCCCCCACUCUCCGCAACUAGAGAAAGCAUGCUCACAACAACAAAGGCUCAGAGCAAGAAAAAUUUUUUUAAAAUUAAGUUUAUUUAAAAAAAUAGCAUUACUAGAAUUGUUUUGACCUUUUUUGAGUAGAGUUAAUGAAAACUUAAUGUGGCUAAAUAAUAUGGGUUAACACUAAUUUUGCAUGAAGGUAUGAGUAAGCUAGUAAUCAAAAAUUUGGACCUUUUUUGAUGGUUAUAUUUUAGUAAGCUUAAAAUCUAUAGCAGAAGUGUUAAGUUUCUAAAGUUGUCUAGUGGCUAAGUUUGAAAGCUAUUUUAAACCUUAUAAAUGAGUAGAAGAACUCAAAUAUUUGGGAGGUCCAGAGUCUGGCUUUGAAGCUGCACAGCCAGAAACUGUCCAAAUCAUGCCUUGGGCCUUCUCUAGCAAAUACCCCAAUGCUGUUGGGGUGGCUUUGGACACUAGCCUGUGUUGUUGUUGCUGGCCACUAGGUGUCAGUGAGCCUUCGCUCCCCCGCAAAGCUAGAUGCUUCUGCCCUGGCCAGAAUAAAGGAGCUUAAAUGGGUGGCUCUUACUGGCAGAUCCUAGGUCACAUAGCUCUCCUGGCUGCAAGAGGGGCUAGGAAAGUUUUUGAAUUUUACUUGGGGUUCAGAGCUCAUAGCAAAUUGAAAAAUCCUGGAUGGUCCGAAAGCUUGAGCAGGCCGCUGGUCUGUGAACUUUUUGUUCCUGUUCUGUGAAAAGAUGAGGAGUUCUCACUAUAAUGUAAGUAUCUGAGUGCAUUGUUUAGCUCCGCUGACAUUUUUUUGUAGCAGAGGUGCUAACCGAAGGAAGUAGGUUGUUGAUUCAGGUUCUGGCCAAGCUCCUUAUCUUGUAGCUGACCAGCAUUUUGAAUAUCAUUUCCUUAGAGGAACCUACCUGUUUUAGGGGAGACUUUUAGCAGGUUUAUCUUGUUUAAUCCUUACAGCGAUCUGUUGAGGGGGUGGCAAUUGAGAGAUACGUUAGGAAUUUUUCAGUGUGUUUUAGGCUAUGUCACAAAAACUCUGACUUUGAGUAUAUAGUGAGGUGGGUCUCUUUCUCUGGGUUGCAUUUGUAAAAGUUCUGUGUGCUCAAGAGCACUAGGAGUCUCUAUAAAAUAAAAUGACUGCAGUUAAGAAAAUCACCCCAUUGAGGUAAAAGAAAAAAGAGAUGUAUCCAAAUAGAACCUACUUAAGGAGUUUUCUGCAGUGAGCUCAGUCGUAAAUAUAAGUAUGAAAGCUGGGAGUGAUCAUGGACCAGUAUAAGUGAAGAGGAGAGAAUCUCAAGUUCAGGGCAAAAAGAAUAAAUGCAGAAGGGAUAGAACCAUUUCCAGAGACAAAAGGCAUUACACUUGUAAUCAUAAAGUAAAACUGGCCUUUGAUUUGCUUCUAUCAUAAAAAAUUAUGUGAACCGUUACACUGGAACUAAUUUGGAAGCCCAAGAUGGUGAGAUUAGUCUGAAAAUCCUUUUCUAAAAAGGUUCAAAUUCACACUGUAGAGCUAGAAUUGCUAAACCACUGUCAGUGUAUGCCCUUUUUGUCGCGUGCCAUAGUGGGCCUUUGACAUAGGUUACUAAAGCAAAAUCCUGUCAUGGAGUUUAUGGACCAGUAGGAAAAAGGCAUAUACCUAAAUUGCAAGUUCUCAAGGGCUAUUUUGUGUAGUAAAAGUUAUGCAUGAGUUGUAGGCCCUUAGUUUACUGUGGGGACAGUCAGAGGUGGCUACCUGGAGAAGACAAGGCGUGAACUGACUUAAAAGAUGGGUAGUUGCCACAUAACCAGAAUUGUUGCAUGCUUUGCAUAGGGAGGUCCAGUGUUGGUGAAGGGUAUAUUUCAGUUGGACAGGUAGGUAGGGGUUAAAUCAUAUGAAAGAACUUGGAUUUUUACCUGUAGGUGAUGACUCUGAAAGAUUUCAAGUAAGCAAAUAAUGGACAAAUUUUCAUUUCAGAUGACUUUGACAGCAGUGUGGAAAACUGAGGGUAAGAGGAGGAUACUAAAGCUUCAUUAGGUUAAGUAUUAAGCCCCAGUUUGGUGGUGUGGCCUGGCAUAAGUGACUCCAUUUGGGGCCUGUGGUUUUCUUUUUAAUAAUGGGAGUCACUCAACUAAUACUAGAAUGGAUGACCAUACUUUUAGCUGUCAGAACAACAACUGUAGGUCCAUGUGAUCUCAGGUGGCCUUGGCCUGCAGCAGCUUAAAGCAGGAUUUUGGUUCCCCAGCCAGAGAUUGAAGUCAGGCCAUAGCAGUGAGAGCACUGAAUCCUAGCUACUAGACCACCGGGGACAGUGGCCAGUAACAAGGCCUUGGCCUUUUGGCUUUGCAGAAAUGAAUUCCCACAAGGAGACAGAAAGUAGUGAAGCAAGUGAAGUGUUUAUUAGGAGGAAAAAGUACGUUUGAAUAGAUACAUAAAAUCACUUAAGAUGGGGCAUUUCUUCCGAGUUUCCUCUGGCCAGUCAUCUUGCUUUGCCUGGCUCUGAGUCCUGUUUAGUUUAUCUCAGGGUUUUCCCCUGGGUGCGUGCAUCCCUUAGCCAAGAUGGCUUCUAGCAAAGAGGCCUAUGAGUAGAUUGACAUCAUCUACUAUGUGUAGUCAGGAAGGUCUCCUUGACCUCAAGAAUGAGAAAAAUGUGGUCUCUGUCUCUUAUUUGGGCAGGGCUCAGCUCCUCUCUGCCCCUGCCGUUACUGAUAUCUUACUGUGUCCCUCUGUUUACCCUGUCCCUGUUGUUAUUUCUAACUGGAAGUAUAAGCAGGAGGCUGGCUGUAAAUGUCUAACCUGGAGCCCAUCUAUCUCCUGUCUCAUGUCCAGCUGUUACCCCACAUCUGGGUUUACCUGUUGGUGGGUAUCAAGCCAAAUGACACAACCAAGUCAAAGAUGGGGAGAAGGAAGGAUUUAUUGCAGCAAGUAAGAAUACUGAGGAUCUUUCUCAAAGCAGUAUCUCUCCAAGAGCAAAAUUGGAGGUUUUAAGCUAAGGGUAUAUGCAUAUUCAUGAAGGGGCUUGAGCAGAGGAGAAUUCAGUCUAGAAUUGGGGCAAAGGUUGACACAGGCAAAGUUUUAGUUGAAGUCAGGAAAGGGUCAGGAAAGGUCAACAUCAUUCCUUAGCUUCCAGUUGAUCUGGUGGCGGAGCUCUCUCUCGAGGAGGGUGGGAGUGGUGGUUGAAUUCUGCCAGACAACACACGAGUGUGCACCAGGCUAAUCUUUAAACAUUGAAACAGAACUGAGAGUCUAUAAAUGAUUUAUUAUCUUUGCUAUUGUUACUUCUCUUGCUAGGUAACAGUCAUUUGUUCUGUGUUCUUUUACUUCCUUAAGAUCAUUAAUUACUGAGACCUGUUCAAGGGCAAGCAUUUUGGCCAGGCUUAGACCACAAAAUGACUUAGGCCAAAAAUGACUCAUGUCAAGAAAGCCAUGCCUGAUUCUCUUUCUCUGGGGACCCCCUACCCUAUCUGCUUACACAAGCCAUCGAAGCGCAACACUGAACAUAUUGAUUGUAUAGGCCAGAAUGCAGUACCAAAAAGAGCUGAUACAUCCUUCAGUGUAUACCAGACCACAUGCUGCAAACAUACUGCUAGAGAAAGGGCUUGGCUGAAUUUGGCUUUGACAUCUAUCUGAAGUAUUACAGCAGCGGGGCAGAUCCGCUGAUAAUCACAUUGAAACCACAGAAAUGUGUCUCCGGGGGCUCCAAGGAGCUCUGGUUCUUUAUGUCUCACCACAGAAAGAAUUCAGCUAGAAGCAAAAUAAGUGAUUUAUUAGAACGGGAUGUUUGUGAGGUUUACAAACAGUGGGCAAGAGAGUGCUGCCCUGAGAGCUCACUGGGCUACAGUUUUUUGAUCAAAGGAAAAGUGGAGAAGCGGAGAAGACCACUUUCUUCCUCAUUCUUCAGCGGACGUACGCUUCCAUCAUCAGUUCCUCCUUCACGUCAGGCAGGGGAGUUUUCAUGUCCCUACAUGGUCAAACUAGGACUGCUGUGGUGCAAUGGAAAUGAGCAAAAAGGCAGUAACAUACUAAGAUGUGAUAAAUCAUCUCAGGUUUCAGUAUAAUGUCACCUUAUAGUGUUCUUAGUGUGUGCAGAGAAGCAUGUCUUAGGAAUCAUCAACUUCCUGACCUCACUGGGCAGGAUGUGGGUCUCAUUCCACCAUUUGGGGCAUGUCUCAUGCUUCUGUUGCUAGGCAAGCCUGCUUGGUAUUGUGGCUAAGCAAACCUGCUUUCUUGGGCGAUCAUUAGCUUGCAGGGGUCUCCCAUACUUUUUUCUUUACUCACGAUUCCUUAAUGGGAUUAACUAUUAAAUCACCUACUUUGUCCCUUUUCUCUGUCCCUAUCAAUUCUCGUCCCUGAUGGUGUCAGUUUCCACUGCAUUCUGAAGAAUCCAAGGCUGUGUCCUGCAGGCACCUUAAACUCUGGCAAAUCCAAAACUGUUAGUCGAUCCCCUUCACCCCAAACCCAGUUCUCCUCCACCCAUUUCAUUGUCCAAGCCAGAACCCUGAGAGUCAUCCCUGACCCCUUCAUCCCCUUAUCUGUCAAUCCGAUCACUGCAGUCCAUUAACCUCCCAGGUGUUUCAAUCCACACCUCCCAUCCUUGCUGCUGCUGCUGCUGCUGUUCAGGCCUCAAGUCUCACUUGGACUAUUGCAGUAGCCUUGGGACUUCUGUCCCCGUCUCCAAUUUCAGCCUCCUUCUGUCCCUGCUCCUUGCAGGAGCGAGUGAUCGUUCUAAAACGCAAAUCUGAAAAGACUCCCCUGCUUAAAAUUCUCCCCCGGCUCCCUCCUGGAGGGAGAAACCGAAUCACCUCAGUUUAGCAGCAGGUUUUCGGGUGGAGAGUGGAAAUGGAGGCGUUCCACCUAGCGCACCAGGGUCCUUGGGACGAGGGAAAGUCCGGAGGCAGGACCGAGGAGGAAGGACCCCCCCUGGGGGCGGGGCCUGGAAAGCAGAGGGCGGGGCCCUGGGCGUGGUGGGCGGCGUGGGCGGGGCGACGUAGCCCCUGGCGUGCUAGGGCGGCUCGCGGCCUCCAGACAGCAGGGGGCGGCCUCGCCCGUGGCGACGGCGGCUCGGGUACCGGGCUCCGCGUCUAUUGGGCGACACGGCGACUUCAGACGGCGGCCCGCGUCGGCCGGGCAUGGCGGCGUGGAGCCCGGCCGCGGCAGCGGCUCUGCUUCGCGGAACCCGCCGGCUUCCUCUUCUCCACUGUGCCCAGCGCAUGUUUGCCUCGCAGACGGAGGGGGAGCUCAAAGUGACCCAAAUUCUCAAAGAGAAGUUUCCUCGAGCUACAGCUAUCAAAGUCACUGACAUUUCAGGAGGCUGCGGGGCAAUGUAUGAAAUUCAAAUCGAAUCAGAAGAAUUUAAGGAGAAGAGAACUGUCCAGCAGCACCAGAUGGUAAAUCAGUUAAAACCAGACCACAUAAAUGCUCAGGACAUCUCACAGCGACUCUCCGCCAGUGCUUCUGGAACAGUUACAGUAAACACCCAGCGGGUCAAUUCUCAGCUCUUACACAAGGCACCUGGAAGCUCAGGAACUUGCCUUUAGCAUCAUCAUCUGAUUGUUAAACUCAUUUUAUGAAGACCCACAUCUGAAUAAAACUGCUCAAUAAAUAUCUGAUGUUCAUCUCAGGGCUUGGCUGUCAUUCACUGUGUGGCCAUACUCCCCUCUGUGUCCUUCUGAAGUCUCCCACUCACCACACACAUCCACAUGGGCAGCUGGAUAUAAUUUCCGCUAAUACCACAGGAAAAACAAACACUCCAAGAAGUCUGACUUGCUGUCGACGGCUGUUGCUUCCACCUGUCAGGCCCAACCUCUCUCAACAAUGACGAAAAAAUUAAGCACCACAUUCUCAUUUCAAAGAACUGAAUGAAUGCACCAGAAUUUUAGAAUGGGCGUGUUCAAGUGGGUGGAGAGGGGAGGAAGGAAAGGAGAAAAUGACCAAAAAGAGACAUGGCACCAAUUCGGGAGGAAAAUCAUAGCUACCUGCUGAAAAUGUCUGAACUCCUGCAUUUUAAAAUUGUUGAGGGUAGGCCCAACUCCCCAGAUGACAGCAUGGCGGGGGUGGGCUCAGGGGUGAGGCAUGCACCAUUGUCCAAUGUGAAAUCCAGGGAUGAGGAGAUGCGUUACUGCUGUCACACUGCUGUGCGGAGCUCCUGUGGGUGCGGCCUGCCCUCCAGGAAGUCCCAGCGCAACACUACAGCACCAGGCUCUGCGCAGCGCGCUGCACACAGCAUCGCUGGCUUUUCACAGCUUGGGUUCGACUUCUUUUGAGAGAUACAGUAGCCCUUUUCGGUAUCAGCAUAGACUUUGGGGCUUUUUUUUUUUUUUUUAAACUGCCA